AUGACUUACCAAUCAAUGACAACCGCAUGGUGUGUUGCCAUCCUGCUCCUUGCCGUGACAGGCGCAAACGGCCUGUACGUGCUGGAGCUGGUGCAAGUGGCUCAUCGCCACGGUGUGAGUCCGCCUCCGGUGGCCACACCCAACCGUGAGAAGUUGUGCAGCCCCAACGGCGCAAGCAGCUGCACCGCCAUCGCAAAGAGAGGCGUGGAGCAGAUGACGGCCAUGGGGGCCCACAUUCGGCAGCUGUACAGCGGGGACGCGGCCACUUUUGGUAGCGCCACGUGGUUCCAGUCGCCCUACGACGUUUCAGCCGUGUCCACCCGUUCCAUUGCGGACCCCGCCACGGUCCAGGCGGCGGCGGCGCUGCUGGGUGGGAUUUACGCCAGUGAGAACGCCACUAUCGUCCCGACGAUCAUCUCGACCGCACCCGAGCGGGACACUCUGCUCAACGUGGAGGCAUUC